AUGCUCAGACGGUGCUCAGUGCUCCUGAAUGAUCCCCCACUGGUGAGCGGUGGGCCGGUGCUGGGUCUAAUGCACGAAACCUGGAAGCGGACAGCGAUUCGCCCCUCGAUCAUGGACGCGCAGAUCACGCAGAGCGCGCUGGAGGUGAAGAUGUCGAGCCUGCUGGCGCGUGAGAUGCAGACGGAGAAGUGGGAGGCGGCGCGCGAGCCUCCGCUGAAGCGCAAGUGGGUGCAAGCCCCCGUCUCUCAGCUUUCGACUAGCCUCUCACGGCGUGACUGGUUCCGACUGAUGAGCUUCAACAUGAUGACGGACGCGUGGGGGCCCUGCCGCACCACCCCCGUAGAGGCGGUGCAGGUGCGCGUGCCGGAGUUCACACGCAACCCUGAAUGCGAUGACCCCGACGCCUUCUGUGACUACGACCCCUCCGUUGACAAGGAGGUCCCGCCCUUCCUUGCGCCGGAGUAUCGUCGCAAGCAUCUCGUCGAGUUACUGCGGUGCUACGACCCCGACAUCAUCUGCUUGAAUGAGGUGAAUCGGACCUUUUUCAACACAGAAAUGUGGCGAUACGUGCGGUUCCUCGGCUACGGCACGCUCUAUCAGUCGAGCCGCGGUGCCCGUGUGCGGGCUCUCCGCAAGGGCGACAAUGCAGCCGCCCCAUCCAACCGGGGCAAGAUAGCUGAGGAGGAGGAUAUCGGCAACGUGAUUCUGUUUCACAAGGGCCGCUUCUUCCCACUCAUGAUGCCGGGCCGAGAUGUUGGCCAGCGCUUCCACUUUGCCCACUUUGUCGGCAUGCGGGACAAGGUGACAAACAUGACGCUCUACGUCGCCUGCGUGCAACUCACCGCGGGGGCAACGGCAGAGGCGGCGAACGUCCGGCUGCACGAGGCACGACAGGUGCUCACCAUACUGGAUGCCCUCGGCCGCCACGACGCCGAUCGCUCGCAUCAGUCCCACAUCGUAUGUGGCGAUCUCAACAAUCAAACAGACGAUGAGGCGUGUGUGGAGCUCUUGCGCAGCACCUUUUUUUCCACGCAUGACCUCGUUGGCGGUCCGCGCUGGACGGCGUGGCAUUACCGCGACGAAGCCCGCGCCGCUGCCUACGAGGCGUACUACGUCAAGAACGUGAAAGAGGCACACCGGUCAGACAAGACCUACCAGGCUGAAGAGGAGAUCGAGCGUUUCCAGCGCAAGGACGCCGGUGCCUACCACGGCGUCUUCUCGAAGGUGCAGCUUGUGCGGGACGAGAUCGCAGCUCGAGGGCACAAGAAGCAGCAGCGGCUGCUGGCGACACCAAACACCGCCACGUCCGACGUGGCGGUGUCACCGCUUGCUGGCUCGGUUGGUGUUACUGCUGCAGCACCAGGAUCAUCGCCUGUCUCUGCACCAGCACUGUCUGACGCUGCCCUCCAAGUGGACCAACUCGCGCUGUUGAAGAGGAACCGGAAAGAAAACGGCAUCACAUACAACACACAAGAUUUCAUUUUCUACGACCCCAGCACGCUCGCCUUGCACCAGGUACUGGACGUUCCAGAGGACGAGGAGGUGAACGAGGCGCAGCUCUUCCCGAACUCCAAGCUCCCCUCCCACCAUCUCCCACUCUUCAUCGACAUAUCCUGGAUUGACACCUUUCCUGAUGUCGCUGCACGAACGUUGAAAGAGUAG